AGACACAAGAUGAAGACCAUACACUCUUGGGUGACUUUCUCUAGGAUAAAUACCUUCUCUCUGUAGCUAUUUUUCUCUCCCAAUCAUGGCGGACGAAAAACUAGCUACUAAUAAUGGCCAAGUAGCCCAGAUUGCUAGUAUUCAGGAUUUUGAUCCUCCAAAGAAACCAAAAACAAACAAAUAUGCAAUUGCUUGUUCUUUUCUAGCUUCUUUGGCUUCAAUCUUGCUUGGUUAUGAUAUUGGAGUAAUGAGUGGAGCAAUCAUCUACAUACAAAAAGACCUCCAUAUUAGCGAUACCAAAGUGGAGAUUCUAGUAGGAAUCCUCAAUGUCUACUCUCUCUUUGGUUCCGCCGCUGCCGGCCCGACAUCCGACUGGAUUGGCCGCCGUUACACUAUGGUGGUGGCCGCUGCGAUCUUCUUUGCCGGAGCUCUUCUGAUGGGGUUCGCUACCACUUAUGCCUUUCUCAUGGUAGGUCGAUUCGUCGCCGGAGUCGGAGUUGGGUACGCUCUCAUGGUUGCACCGGUUUACACUGCCGAAGUUUCGCCGGCAUCUUCUCGUGGUUUUCUUACUUCCUUCCCCGAAGUGUUCAUCAAUGGAGGUAUAUUGCUGGGAUAUGUAUCUAACUUCGCAUUCUCAAAACUUCCAACUCACUUGAGUUGGCGAUUCAUGCUUGGAAUCGGAGCAGUCCCAUCAGUACUCCUAGCCGUGAGUGUACUCGCCAUGCCCGAGUCACCGCGUUGGCUCGUGAUGAAGGGUCGACUCGGCGAUGCAAGAAAAGUUUUAAACAAAACAUCCGAUUCCUUAGAAGAAGCUCAAUUGAGACUCGACGAUAUCAAAGAAGCCGCCGGCAUACCCGAACACUGCAAUGACGACAUCGUCCAGGUGCCAAAGCGCCCCAAAGGCGACAGCGUAUGGAAGGAAUUAAUCUUCUCUCCAACACCAGCUAUCCGACACAUUUUAAUCACCGGCGUUGGAAUCCAUUUUUUUCAGCAAGCAAGUGGAAUAGACGCCGUCGUUUUAUACAGUCCAAGAAUAUUCAAAAAGGCCGGUAUCCAGUCCGAUCACGACCAAUUACUAUGCACCGUAGCCGUUGGAUUCGUCAAAACAAUAUUCAUCUUAGUAGCCACAUUUAUGCUUGACAAAUCUGGUCGCAGACCGUUACUCUUAACAAGUAUCGCAGGAAUGGUUUUAUCGUUAAUGCUACUGGCUACUGGACUCACAAUCAUCGACCAAUCAGAACAAAAGUUAGUUUGGGCAAUAGCACUUUCUAUAACAAUGGUGUUAGCUUACGUGGCACUUUUCUCAAUAGGAAUGGGUCCCAUAACGUGGGUUUAUAGUUCGGAGAUUUUCCCGUUAAGGUUAAGAGCAACUGGGUGUAGUUUAGGUGUAGCAGUGAACAGGGUAACAAGUGGGGUUGUGUCAAUGACGUUUUUGUCCCUGGCAAAGGCAAUAACUAUUGGAGGGGCAUUCUUUUUGUAUGCUGGAUUAGCUGCGUUGGCGUGGGUGUUUUUCUUUACAUUGAUGCCGGAAACUCAAGGGAGGACUUUAGAAGACAUGGAAGUAUUGUUUGGAACUUUCUGGAAGUGGAGAAAGACUGCGAGAGAGUUGAAGGAAAUGAAGAAUGGUGACGAUAAUGGCCAGAUUCAGAUGGGUGCUAGUACUACUCCAGCUAUUAGCAGUUAAAAAAGUUGGGUUGAUUAAUUACAUUGUUUAUUGGGUUUUACUUGAGGGCAUUUCUGUCGAUUUUGAUGACCUCAAACAUUUUUCUUCGUGGGAGGAGAAAAAUGGAACUUCAAUGAAAAACAAAAAUUAGCAAAAUUAUGUUGUACUUAGCAGAUAGAGGUGAUAAAUUGGGGGAAAUGAAAUUGUAUUAGAGCAUUAUAUGAAAGGAGACAUCAAUUUACCAAUUGCAUGCAUUGUAACAAUUAGCAAAGCAAUGUAAAUUUGAAAAAUCA